AUGUCCUCGCUGAUGCUUUCGCUCUUCGUCCUCCUGGCCUCGUCGUCCUCCGCUGUUCUUGCGGCCCUCGACGAUGAUGAACACGGCCUGAAGAGCAUCCACCUCUGCGUCCACGAGACGUUCGCUGGCGCGAAUGCCACGGCCGCGUCCGGGGUGGCGUCCCCGUUCGGCGCCAACUCGUCGUUCAGGAGCGUGGGCGUGGUCGAGCUGCGCGUCGGCCGGAACCGGUCGUCCCAGCUCCUCGGCCGCUACCAGGCGAUCAUCUUCGGCACGAGCCGACAGAUGGGUGCGGGCUACCUGACAUCCAUCGCGCUCGUGUUCACCGCGGGCGAGUAUGGCGGGAGCACGCUGUCCGUGCAGGGCCCCGUGCCGGGCACGCUGUUCAUGCUCAUGCAUCGUGGCAAGUACAGCUUGCGUUGCUAA